CAUCUCUACUUAUUCCCUACCCAUAGUUCACACACAGCCAUGAUUCCCACUUCAAUCCUUGGAUUGGUGCUGCUCUCAAGCUCCGCAUAUGCGCAUACAUACAUUUGGGGGGUUUUCGUGAACGGUGUGGAUCAGGGGACGUUCCGUGGAAUUCGCACACCCGCUUAUAAUGCCGGACCCCAUGCUGGAGGUUACUCGAACUCCCCCGUCAAGGACCUUGAGUCUAUCGACAUGAGAUGCAAUGUUUUGGGAGAUAUUCAAGCGCCAGACACGAUUAAAGUUCAACCGGGCGACAACUUGACCUUGGACUGGCAUCACGAUUAUAGAAAUGACACUGACGAAGUAAUCGCGAAUUCCCAUCACGGACCAUCUCUGAUAUACAUUUCCCCUGACCCACCGACGGAAAACAGCUUCGUGAAGCUUUGGCACGAAGGUCUCUAUGAGACCCUACCACACCCACAACCUGGCAAGUGGUCUACGACUUCAAACAUCGCGAAGAACUUCGGGCACAUGAAUGUUCGCGUUCCUCAAGAUCUCAAAGCUGGAUUUUAUCUCAUCCGUGCCGAAAUGAUCGGUCUUCAUGAAGGCGAUGCCUCGUUCUUGAAGAAUCCACGACGGGGCGCACAAUUCUAUCCUGACUGUGUCCAAAUCGAAGUCACUGGCGAAGGCAGCGUCGAGCUUCCCGAAGGCGUAUCUUUUCCCGGCGCUUAUGACUACAGCGAUCCAGGCAUCGUCUACGACGUUUAUUGCUCAACAGAAACCAAGACUCGUAGUACCGGCCCUUGUACCACCACAUAUGAGAUACCAGGACCCUCCGUGUGGUCCGGCGCGUGGGCUGAAACUACAGCUGUAUCUGUUAGCCCAGUUACGGACUCAAGCACUGCUUCCACAUGGUCUACAUGGAUUCAGAACUCUAUCGUCACUUCGGCAACAUAUACCGAUAGGAAGACGGUCACAGUCGUAGGUACCUCAACGUACACGGCUAGUUGGUCAUCGACGUAUCAGACGCCCGCUCCGGCCACGACGAGAUGGUGA